GGAGCGGAGCUUUCGCUACGAGUUGGCCCAUUCACGUAUGGCCUGCCUCUGUUGGGUGGUGACCCCUGUCACGAAACCAACAGUUUUCACGUGACAUUUGUACAUAUUAUGAUAUUUAGGCACAUUCUCAGUAGAAGUAGAGUGUGGCGAUGAUCGAGCUUCCAGGAAUUAAUAACAAAUUAUGUCAAAAAAGUCUGUGUUAAUACUGUUUACCAUGAGCGUUCCAUGGUGUCAAAUCGGUGACUCGAUGGUCGCAUGCGGUUAAGGCCAUUUAUAAAAUUCAGUGACACUAUAAUCGCCAGAGAUUAGUGUGGUGCCUUGUGAGGACUCGCAGAGAGACACAACACCAUGAUGGCACUCAGAGACCUGACACUCUGCCUCCUGCAGCUACUUCUCUUCCUUCCUGGUCUGCGUGCUAACUGGGAUGAAUGGUGGACCUACGACGGCAUAUCAGGUCCUGAUUUCUGGGGCCUCAUCAACCCUAACUGGAACAUGUGUGAGAGAGGUCGUCGGCAGUCACCUAUAAACAUCGAGCCGGAUAAACUUGUAUACGACCCCCACCUUAGACACAUACACAUCGACAAGCACAAGGUAUCAGGAACGCUGCACAAUGCUGGUCAGAGCGUCAUCUUCAAAGUAGAGAAAGGGACUAAGCACCACGUCAACAUCACAGGAGGGCCCCUCGUCUACAAAUACCGCUUCGAAGAUCUCUACAUCCACUUCGGAGCCGCUAACGACAAGGGCUCUGAACACCAGAUUAACGGGGCCACCUUCCCCGCUGAGAUUCAGCUGUAUGGCUUCAACGCUGACCUUUACCGCAACAUGAGUGAAGCGAGACUUGGCUCCAAUGGCAUCGUCGGUCUCUCCAUUAUGAUCCAGGCAGAGCUGGCCUGUGCUGCGGGCUUGAACAGUCGAAUACAGAGACGAAUAACACUCAUGGAGACAUCAACCUUAGUGGAAGACACAGAAGAAGAAGUAGACAUAGCGUUUGAUGUAAUCACAUCAUCAGCCCUGUUGCAAGACAAUCAGUGUCUUAUGUUCAAGCACAAAGGAUGUCUUCAAACACUACUGCUAGUAACUGUUUAG